AUGUCCCCAAUUAGGUUGGUUUUCGGAAAGCCAUAUCAUCUUCCUGUCGAAUUAGAGUACCGCGCAUUUUGGGUGGUCAAGCAAUGUAAUUUCAAUAUUGAUGAGGCGGGAAGACAUAGGAAGCUUCAACUCCGAGAGCUAGAAGAAUUGAGAAAUAACUCCUAUGAAAACUCAAGGAUUUAUAAGGAAAAAACGAAGUGCUUCCAUGACAAGUCCAUCACCCGGAAGCAUAUCGAACAGGGGCAUAGGGUCUUACUUUACCAUUCACGAUUGAAGUUAUUCCUGGGCAAAUUAAGAUCAAGGUGGAUUGGCCCAUUUGUUGUGAUAAAGACCUUUGACCAUGGGGCGGUGGAAAUCCAAAGUGAAGAAACGGGACAAAUUUUCAAAGUCAAUGGGAACCGAUUGAAGCCAUUCUAUGAAGGUUUUUAUGCAAAUGAUCUUGAAAUCAUCCAUUUGGAUUUCCCGACGUGUUGA